CGAUGUAUUUAUUAACAUGUCAUAACAACUGAUGUCGGCUGCAAGCUGCUCUGUACUAAACAAAUAACCCUACGCCAAUACACCAUCAUCUCCAAAUCGAAGCCCUAAAUCCAUUAUCUGAGUGUGCAGCCUAAUCAGUACCAACGCAGACAUCUUCAUCUGCUUCGAUAUCCGCCGCGGAGUCAUUUUUCACACCGCGACGCAACUCAUGGGUGACCCUUAAAUUAUUACCCAUAUAGUGCUAGAUAUACAUACUGAUUGGACGCAGCAGGGGGAACACUGGGUCUUUACAUCGACUGACUGCGAGAAGGGGGAGACCCUCCAUCGCGCGCAGGACAACAAUAUCUAUGUAGACCCGGAGACCUCUCCGUUCUUAUGAAAUUACAAAAUAGCCACCUUGCUUGUAGCGUUGGCGGUCGGAAGAGUAUGAGAAAGUGCCUUUCAUUCGGUCGUUUCAUCACGUCAAGGAGACUGACGUUUACGGAGGCAGUGGUUCUCUCGGCGCAAAUAGGCUACUACAAUCGUAACUCGAUCUCCCCCUGUUUUGUGUCGUGGUUGGUAGGGUCCUCAGUAGUUACACAUGUGUGGUUGUCACUGCUGGACGGUGUCAUGCUCGAAUCCUCUGCUUCUUACAAUGCGCUGUCCUCUUCUGUUGAGUGAUCAGACAGUCUUCACUGUUGUUCCCGGGCAGUGAAUAUCUGUCAACAGCCCCGUCGGCGACAUUGGUAUGUUUUAUAUUUCCAUUGAGCUACGGGACUAUCCUAUCGUUUUGAAAUAGCUGGAGUGAGAGUUGUGUUUGCCAGAACCUUUGUUUUACCACCGACUAUUCCAUUCAGAAAACAGCGACGCAUUCCCUAGAAGUUGGAGCAUCGUUUGGUGAAGUUUUGACACACCGAUACUGAACAACAAUGGGAUUCUAAUCGGACAAAUCCACACCAGGUAGCCGAGCCUAAGCGGAGCGGGUUGGGCAGACCCUCCCUCCUCCACCUCCUCCCACCCAUCUUCCUCCAGCGUCCCGGUCCGUGCCGUGUUUGUGUCUAUCCGCCGGGGUCGGCGAAGCAUGCUGGCAGUAUGGACGUGAAGGAACGCAGGCCCUACUGCUCGCUGACCAAGAGCAGGCGCGACAAGGAGCGGCGCUACACGGGCUCGUCCGGCGACAGCGAGGAGUGCGGCAGCGGCGGCGGCGGUCCGGGACCGAGGGUACCCACCCAGAAGUCGUACAGCUCCAGCGAGACGCUCAAGGCCUUCGACCACCAGGACUCCUCCAGACUAUUGUACAGCAGCAGAGUGAAGGAGAUGGUGCACCGUGAACAGGACGAGUACACCCGACAAGGGCAGAACUUCAGCCUGAGACAACUGGGGAUCUGCGAGCCGUCCACGCGCCGCGGCCUGGCCUUCUGCUCCGAGAUGGGCCUCCCCCACCGCGGCUACUCUGUCGGCGCCGGCUCCGACGUGGACACCGAGAACGAGGGCGUGAUGUCACCGGAGCGCGCCAUGCGGCUGUGGGGCCGCGGGGUGAAGUCUGGCGGCCGGAACUCGUGCCUGUCCAGCCGGUCCAACUCGGCCCUGACCCUCACCGACACAGAGCACGAAAACAAGUCGGACAGCGAUAAUGGUUCUCCCAUGCCAUCCUCUCUACCCAGCCCAUCAGUUACUGACCAUUCACACUCGCAACCACCAUCACCCAAUCUCCAUGACAACCAGAGCUCGUUGCUAAGUAGCGCCAGCGCCCAUCCGGCGGUCCAUGAGUCGGACGAGGACGAGGAAGAGUACACAGCCACGCUGUACUUACCUGUAACGCAGGUCACAGCUCACAGCCACCACGGCCUCGACUGUAAUGAGCAACCGCCCAAUCACCAUCAGCAGGGCCAGUCCACGCUGCCGCCAGCCCUGCCUCCCCACAAGCAGCAGCCGUUGGUCACCGCGCUCAACCACAACUCCCUGAGCAGCCGUAACCGUAACCCCAGCCCGGCCCCACCGGCCGCCCUCCCCGCCGAGCUGCAAACCACACCCGAGUCCGUGCCGCUGCAGGACAGCUGGGUCCUGGGCAGCAAUGUGCCACUGGAGAGCAGGCACUUCCUCUUCAAGACAGGCACCGGCACGACCCCUCUGUUCAGCACGGCUACUCCAGGCUACACCAUGGCAACGGGCUCAGUCUACUCGCCGCCCACACGGCCCCUACCCAGAAACACCCUCUCCCGCUCCGCCUUCAAGUUCAAGAAGUCCUCCAAGUACUGCUCCUGGAGAUGCACUGCUCUCAGCGCCGUGGGUCUGUCCGUCCUGCUGUCUGUCCUGCUCUGCUAUUGCAUAGCCAUGCAUCUGUUUGGUCUGAACUGGCAGAUGCAGGAGACAGAGGGCUACACCUUUGAGAACGGACAGGGGAAGUCAGACACCACACCCAACACCAUCACCGCACUGUCUGCUGAUAACGGUAAACUAGGGGUGUUCCUCCAGGAGAACAACACCAUAGACACGGGGGAGGUGGACGUGGGGCGCAGGGCCGUUCAGGAAGUCCCACCAGGGAUCUUCUGGCGCUCCCAGCUCUACAUUGACCAGCCCCAGUUCCUCAAGUUCAACAUCUCAGUGCAGAGGGAUGCGUUGGUGGGGGUCUACGGCAGGAAGGGCCUGCCCCCCUCGCAUACACAGUAUGACUUUGUGGAGCUGCUGGAUGGUAGUCGCUUGAUCACCAAGGAGAAGCGCGGGCUGAUGGAGGUGGAGGGCGUGUCAAGGCGGGCGCGCUCGGUGAGCGUGCACGAAGCGGGCUUCAUCCAGUACCUGGACUCUGGCAUCUGGCACAUGGCCUUCUACAACGACGGGAAGAACUCAGAACAGGUCUCCUACAACACCAUCGUCAUAGAGUCCGUUAUGGAGUGUCCCCACAAUUGCCAUGGCAACGGUGACUGUCUGUCUGGAACGUGUCAUUGCUUCCCAGGGUUCCUUGGGCCUGAUUGCUCAAGAGCUUCGUGCCCCGUGCUGUGCAGUGGUAACGGCCAGUACUCCAGAGGUCGCUGCCUGUGCUUCAGUGGCUGGAAGGGGACCGAGUGUGACGUGCCCAGCAACCAGUGCAUAGACAUCCACUGUGGGGGACACGGCAUCUGUAUCAUGGGCGUCUGUGCCUGCAACACCAGAUACAAGGGAGACAACUGUGAAGAAGUGGACUGCCUGGACCCUGGCUGUUCAGUCCAUGGUGUGUGUAUCCACGGGGAGUGCCACUGUAGCCCGGGCUGGGGGGGCACCAACUGUGAGAUCCUCAAGACCAUGUGCCCCGACCAGUGCUCCGGCCACGGCACCUACCAGAGCGAAAGCGGCACUUGCACCUGCGACACCAACUGGACCGGCCCCGACUGCUCCGUCGAGGUGUGUGUGGUGGACUGCGGCUCCCACGGCGUGUGUUUCGGGGGCAGCUGUCGUUGCGAGGAGGGCUGGACAGGUACGGUCUGUGACCAGAAGGCCUGCCACCCCAUGUGCACUAAGAACGGAGUCUGCAAGGAGGGCAAGUGUGAGUGCAACCAGGGCUGGACCGGAGAGCACUGCAACAUCGAGGGCUGCCCAGGCCUGUGUAACAACAACGGUCGUUGUACCCUGGACCAGAACGGAUGGCACUGCGUCUGCCAGUCCGGGUGGCGUGGGGCGGGAUGCGACGUCGCCAUGGAGACCCUCUGCACCGACGGCAAGGAUAACGAAGGAGACGGCCUGGCUGACUGUAUGGACCCAGACUGUUGCCUCCAGACAUCCUGUCAGACCCAGCCGUACUGCCGCGGCUCCCCGGACCCCUCUGACAUCAUCAGUCAGAGCCCGUCCAGCCUGAUGCCCCAGCAUGCCGCACGCUCCUUCUACCAACGCAUCCGCUUCCUGGUUGGACCAGAGGGCAGCCACGUCAUCACCGGGGACAACCCCUUCAACAAGAGCCUGGUGUCCAUCAUCAGAGGUCAAGUCCUGACGGCAGACGGAACCCCCCUCAUAGGUGUCAAUGUUACCUUCGUCCACUACCCCGACCACGGAUACACCGUCACGCGCAAGGACGGCAUGUUUGACCUGUUGACCAACGGUGGGGCCAGUCUGACCCUGAGUUUCGAGCGGGCUCCGUUCCUGAUACAGUACCGCACCGUGUGGAUCCCCUGGAAUGUCUUCUAUGUCAUGGACACCCUGGUCAUGAAGAAGGAGGAGAAUGACAUCCCCAGCUGUGACCUGAGUGGUUUCAUCAGGCCCAGUCCUGUCAUCGUGGCCUCUCCCCUCUCGACCUGCUUCAGGUCCUCACCAGAGGAUGGGCCCAUCAUACCUGAGACACAGGUCCUCCAGGAGGAGACGUCCAUCCCGGGCAGCGACCUCAACCUGCUGUACCUGUCCUCGCGGGCGGCCGGCUACAAGCCUGUCCUCAAGGUCACCAUGACACAGGCCAGUGUGCCCUUCAACCUCAUGAAGGUGCACCUGAUGGUGGCGGUGGUGGGGCGUCUGUUCCAGAAGUGGUUCCCUGCCCAGCCCAACCUCUCCUACACCUUCAUCUGGGACAAGACAGACGCUUACAACCAGAAGGUCUACGGCUUGUCAGAGGCAGUCGUGUCCGUGGGUUUUGAGUACGAGUCGUGUCUGGACCUGAUCCUGUGGGAGAAGAGGACAGCCACACUGCAGGGCUAUGAGCUGGACGCGUCCAACAUGGGAGGCUGGACGCUGGACAAACACCAUAUACUGGAUAUCCAGAACGGCAUCCUGUACAAGGGCAACGGGGAGAACGUGUUCAUCUCCCAGCAGCCCCCAGUGAUCAGCAGCAUUAUGGGUAACGGCCGGCGCCGCAGCAUCUCGUGCCCCAGCUGUAACGGCCAGGCGGAGGGCAACAAGCUGCUGGCCCCCGUGGCGCUGGCCUGUGGCGCCGACGGGAGCCUCUUCGUCGGGGACUUCAACUACAUCAGACGCAUCUUCCCCUCUGGGAACGUCACUAGUGUCAUGGAGCUCAGCAACAACCCGGCCCACCGGUACUACCUGGCGACGGACCCGGUUACGGGGCAGCUGUACGUGUCAGACACCAACUCCCGCCGUAUCUACCGUCCCAAGGUCCUGACGGGCACCAAGGAGCUGAUCCAGAACGGAGAGGUGGUGGCGGGUACCGGGGAACAGUGUCCCCCCUUCGACGAGGCACGCUGCGGGGACGGGGGCAAGGCCACAGAGGCCCUCCUCAUGGGGCCCAAAGGUAUUACGGUAGAUAAGAACGGGUACAUCUACUUCGUAGACGGAACCAUGAUCAGGAAGGUGGAUCGUAAUGGGAUCAUCUCCACCCUGUUGGGCUCCAACGACCUCACCUCAGCACGACCCCUGACCUGUGACACCAGCAUGCACAUCAGACAGGUUCGUCUGGAGUGGCCCACAGCUCUGGCCAUCAACCCCAUGGAUAAUUCCAUCUAUGUCCUGGACAACAACGUGGUGCUGCAGAUCACUGAGAACAGACAGGUGCGCAUCGUGGCGGGACGCCCCAUGCACUGCCAGGUGCCGGGUAUAGAAUACACGCUGGGUAAGCGGGCGGUGCAGACCAUGCUGGAGGGAGCUGCCGCCAUCGCCCUCUCCUACAGUGGCGUCCUCUACAUCGCCGAGACUGAUGAGAAGAAGAUACACCGCAUCCGCCAGGUGUCCACGGACGGCGAGAUCACACCCUUGGCCGGAGCUCUGUCCGACUGCGACUGCAAGAACGACGCCAACUGCGACUGCUACCAGACGGGCGACGGCUACGCCAAAGACGCCCGCCUCAACUCGCCCUCCUCGCUGGUCGUCUCGCCCGACGGUACGCUCUACGUGGCCGACCUGGGCAACAUCCGCAUCCGCGCCGUCCGCCGCAACCAACCGCCGUCUGGCUCCGCCGUGUCAGGCCCGGGCUCCUUCGAGGUGGCCUCGCCGUCGUCCCAGGAGCUCUACGUGUUUGAUUCCAACGGAACCCACCAGUUCACCAUGUCUCUCGUCACCGGGGACUACAAGUACAACUUCAGCUAUAGCAACGAGGAGGACGUUACAGCGGUGACGGAUAGUAGUGGCAACACAUUGAGGAUCCGCCGCGACCCCAACCGGAUGCCGGUGCGGAUCGUUGCCCCGGAUAACCAGGUGAUCUGGCUGACAAUCGGGACCAAUGGCGGGUUGAAGACACUGACGGCCCAGGGACAGGAGCUGGUGCUGUUCACCUACCACGGCAACAGUGGGCUGCUCGCCACCAAGACCAUACAGAUAGGAUGGACCACCUUCUAUGAUUAUGACAGUGAAGGUCGUCUAACCAACGUGACGUUCCCUACGGGGGUUGUGACCAACCUGCAUGGGGACAUGACCGGGGCCAUCACGGUGGACAUUGAGACGUCCGGCCGCGACGAGGAUGUCAGCAUCACCACUAACCUCUCCUCCAUCGACUCCUUCUACACUCUGGUCCAGGACCAACUAAGGAACAGCUACCAGGUGGGCUACGACCACUCUCUGAGGGUGAUCUAUGCCAACGGGAUGGACACACACUACCAGACGGAGCCCCACAUCCUGGCGGGCGCUGCCAACCCCACGGUGGCACGGAGGAACAUGACGCUGCCCGGGGAGAACGGGCAGAACCUGGUGGAGUGGCGCUUCCGCAAAGAGCAGACCCGGGGGAAAGUCAUCGUGUUCGGGAGGAAGCUCAGGGUGAAUGGCAGAAACCUUCUCUCGGUGGAUUACGACCGAACUCUCCGGACAGAAAAGAUCUACGACGACCACAGGAAGUUCCUGCUGAAGAUCGUGUAUGACACCCAGGGCCACCCUACUCUGUGGGUCCCCAGCAGUAAGCUGCUGUCAGUCAACCUUACCUACUCCAGCACGGGGCAGGUGACCAGCCUACAGAGGGGUCCCACAACAGAGAGGGUGGAGUACGAUGGUCAAGGGAGGAUUGUGUCCAGAGUGUUCGCCGAUGGAAAGACCUGGAGUUUUACAUACCUGGAUAAGUCCAUGGUGCUCCUGCUCCACAGCCAGCGUCAGUACAUCUUUGACUACGACCUGUUGGACCGCCUGUCUGCUGUCACCAUGCCUUCGGUGGCCCGUCACACCAUGCAGACCAUCCGCUCCCUGGGCUACUAUCGCAACAUUUACAACCCCCCGGAGAGCAACGCCUCGGUCACCGUCGACUACAGCGAAGACGGACAGCUCCUCAGAGUGGCCCACCUAGGGACAGGUCGUAGAAUUCUCUACAAAUACCGACGACAGAACAAAAUGGCGGAGAUCUUGUAUGAUUCUACGAGGGUUAGCUUCACCUACGACGAGACAGCCGGUGUGCUGAAGACGGUGAACCUCCAGAGUGAAGGGUUCAUCUGUUCCAUCCGGUACCGGCAGAUUGGACCGUUGGUGGACCGGCAGAUCUUCCGGUUCAGUGAGGACGGCAUGGUGAACGCACGGUUUGAUUAUACCUACGACAACAGCUUCCGGGUCACCAGCAUGCAGGCUGUCAUCAACGAGACGCCGCUGCCCAUUGACCUCUACCAGUUUGACGACAUCUCCGGGAAGGUGGAACAAUUCGGAAAGUUCGGUGUGAUCUACUACGACAUCAACCAGAUCAUCUCCACGGCCGUCAUGACCUACACCAAGCACUUUGACGUCCACGGACGGAUCAAGGAGAUCCAGUAUGAGAUCUUCAGAUCCCUCAUGUACUGGAUCACCAUCCAGUAUGACAACAUGGGCCGGGUAACCAAACGCGAGAUCAAGAUCGGACCGUUCGCCAACACGACCAAGUAUGGUUACGAGUACGACGUGGACGGUCAGCUCCAGACGGUCUACCUCAACGAGAAGAUGAUGUGGCGCUACAACUACGACCUGAACGGCAACCUCCACCUGCUCAACCCGGGUAACAGCGCCCGGCUCACCCCGCUACGCUACGACCUCCGAGACCGCAUCACGCGACUCGGGGACGUCCAGUACCGGUUGGACGAUGACGGGUUCCUGAGACAGAGAGGAGCUGAGAUCUUUGAGUACAACUCCAAGGGCCUUCUGGAACGCGUCUACAGCAAAGGCAACAGUUGGACCAUCCAGUACCGCUAUGACGGGUUGGGCCGCCGUGUGGCCUCCAGAACCAGUCUAGGCCAGCACCUGCAGUUCUUCUAUGCAGACCUGAACUACCCGACCAGGAUCACUCACGUCUACAACCACAGCAGCUCAGAGAUCACAUCUCUCUACUACGACCUGCAGGGACACCUCUUCGCCAUGGAGAUCAGUAGCGGAGAGGAGUUCUAUAUCGCCUGUGACAACACCGGAACCCCUCUAGCAGUGUUCAGUAGUAAUGGGCUUCUUCUGAAGCAGGUGCAGUACACAGCCUACGGCGAGGUCUACUUUGACUCCAACCCUGACUUUGUCCUGGUGAUCGGCUUCCACGGGGGUCUCUACGAUCCCUUGACGCGCCUGCUGCAUUUCGGGGACCGGGACUAUGACAUCCCGGCGGGGCGCUGGACCACCCCAGACAUCGGGACGUGGACGAGAGUCGGGAAAGACCCGGCGCCGUUCAACCUGUACAUGUUCCGGAACAACAACCCUGUCAGCAAAGUUCACGAGGUCAAGGAGUACGUCACAGAUGUCAAUAUCUGGCUGGUGACGUUUGGUUUCCACCUUCACAAUGCCAUCCCCGGGUUCCCCAUCCCCAAGUUUGACCUCACACAGCCGUCCCUGGAGAUGAAGAAGAGCCAGCUCUGGGACGACCUGCCGUCCAUCUCGGGGGUGCAACAGGAAGUGACCCGGCAAGCCAAGGCUUUCCUGUCCUUUGAGAGGAUGCCGGAGAUCCAACUGAGCCGCCGACACUCCAACCGGGAGAAACCCUGGCUGUGGUUCGCCACCGCCAAGUCGCUGAUCGGUAAGGGUGUCAUGUUGGCGGUGACGCAGGGCCGUGUGGUCACCAACACUCUGAACAUCGCCAACGAGGACUGCAUUAAGGUCGCCGCCGUCCUCAACAAUGCGUUCUACCUGGAGGACCUGCACUUCACGGUGGAGGGACGCGACACGCACUACUUCAUCAAGACCAGCCUCCCGGAGAGCGACCUGGGAGCGCUGAGGCUGACAAGCGGGAGGAAGUCGCUGGAGAACGGAGUCAACGUGACUGUGUCCCAGUCCACCACCGUGGUGAACGGCAGGACUCGGCGCUUCGCCGAUGUGGAGCUGCAGUAUGGCGCACUGGCGCUCCACGUGCGUUACGGCAUGACUCUGGACGAGGAGAAGGCGCGUGUUCUGGAGCAGGCCAGGCAGAAGGCGUUGGCGAGUGCCUGGUCCAGAGAGCAACAACGGGUGAGGGAGGGGGAGGAGGGAGUGAGGCUGUGGACGGAGGGGGAGAAGAGGCAGCUGCUGAGCGGAGGGAAGGUGCUGGGCUACGAUGGGUACUACGUCCUCUCCAUAGAGCAGUACCCCGAGCUAGCAGACUCCGCUAACAACAUCCAGUUCCUCAGGCAGAGCGAAAUAGGGAAGAGGUAACAGACAGAAUCCUCGGCACUGGCCGCCAAAGAGACUACCCCCUCCAAAUCCUGCCCCGCAACCUCCCUCGCCUCCCCCUUUUCUCUAAAAAGGGGGAGGGUCCAGGCUAGUGCUGUGUUUAACGCCGCCUAGCUGAAACAAACACAGUAAAAUGUAGAAAUAUCUCAAACUGAACUAAACCUAAUACUACCACUGUGGGACGGCUCCAACUGACGCAGAUGUUUGUCCCGUGCUAUACAGCGUUGAAUGGACUGUGGACUCUCUUGAAAAGAGAGGGAAAAAAGUCAGAACUCUCAGUUUUGUGAAAGGAAAAAAAGUUUUUGUUUUUUAAAUCGACUUCCUGCUAUUUGCUUUCGGAAAAAAAUAUUUUAAAAAGGAAGAAAAAAUGUGUUUACAUACGCAUACCACUACAACACGUCUGGACUAAUAGAAAAAAAGCCUUCUGGUUUCUUACAAAGGACAACGUCUAUAAUCUGAUUCUACAUCCUGACGACUGACCUUUGAUUGACCUUUGUGUACUGAAAAAGGUAGUGUUGUUGUUCGCUGCAGGACCAUGGUGGCAUCAAAAGACAGUCAAAACAGUCACUUGUUGAAACCACUUGCUUGUUCUCCUGCUUUUCUUUCUAAAAGGGACAAAACAGCUCCCACCAAGUGACAUCUUUACCAGUACUAGAUCAAAGUGGGACGUUUUGGGAAUCGGGAGUGUGUGUGUGUGUGUGUGUGUGUGUGUGUGUGUGUGUGUGUGUGUGUGUGUGUGUGUGUGUGUGUGUGUGUGUGUGUGUGUGUGUGUGUGUGUGUGUGUGUGUGUGUGUGUGUGUGUGUGUGUGUGUGUGUGUGUGUGUGUACAAUGGAGACAAUUUGUGUGUGUGUGUAUGUAUGGAGGAAGUUAAUCAAUUAAAUGAAAUGAAAGAAUCAUAUCCAACCAAUCUUUUGAAAAACAAUGUGAGACAGUAUCUUUAUGGAUUUUUUUAUUAAGAUGAAAAAUUCCAAACUUAUCCGUACAUCAAUAUUAGCCUCUUAGAGAAAGUAAUUUAUGUACAGUGUUUAUACAUUUAAAAAAAUAAAAUCGUAAAAAAUAUGUUUUUUUUCCCCUUCGUCAUACGUUACUGUUUAUACUCUUCAUUAAGUUUUCAAUAUUUUAUCCUAUUAUAAUUCAUGGUAAUGCUUAUUGAAAUAACAUUUAAAAAAUCCACCCUACUGUAUUAUUGAUUUCUGCAUUGAGAAUAUUCCAAGUAGGGUUUUUAAUUUUCUUGCCUUCAUUGAUCAGAUUCCCAGAUAUCUUGAGAUUAAACCACAUUUUGUUUUGGCACUUAUAUUUUUUAUUAGAAAAGUGUCAGUUGAAUGGUCGAUGUCAGUCAGACAACCAUAUGUCUUAGGAAAUACUAGACUACUACUAUCAAGAGCAGGAGAAUAGUUUGGCUAUGCGGUACGGUAGUAUAUCCUGCCUUGAGGACAUAGCCUUUGAACCUUAAGUCCUUUUGAGUAGGACACAAGGAAGGGCCACUUGUCCUUCUUCAGCUAGAGGGUUUGAAAACAAAACCCCUUGGUUGUCUUACCUAGAUAUUAUUUCUGCUUUUCCUAUCACAAAACCAUGCUGUUUCUUAGAUCUCAGCUCAAACGAGAAGGCUUCUCGUAAUCACUAUUAAGGAUGGAAAAUUCCAGAAACUUGGAAGAUCCAAUUGGGAUUUAUGAACAUUUUGGGAUCGUUUCCAGAAUUCUCCAGUCCUAACCACUAUAGUUCUUUGCUCUUUCUCUACCUACUUUAGGAAGAGCUUAACUCAUCAAUAAAAUGUAUUUAUAAAGCCCUUCUUACAUCAGCUGAUGUCACAAAGUGCUGCACAGAAACCCAGUCUAAAACCCCAAACAGCAAGCAGUGCAGGUGGCUAGGAAAAACUCAUGUUCCUUGUACCAGCACAGAGAGCACAGAUAUGACUGCAGCAGUGAGAACUGAACAGAACCAAAUACGAGCCUCUUGACUUGAACAGAAACAACACCACCAUAAUCCAAGGGACCAUUUAACAACAUGCUCGUAAAUGUAUUCCUCCAACUUCACUUCUUUUAUCCUAAACAUGGCUAAAAUCAAGUGCAAACACAAUCACAUCAAAUGGUUCAUUAGAUAGAGCAAAGGGCAGAGUUUAGCUCAAGUUCCGGAGGGGAAAAGAGCGAGAGAAUAAACCUGGGAAAAGCCUACAAACGGCUCUAUGUGCACUCUGGGUAAUCUUUCCGACAUAACCUAAAUGGCUAGUGAGUGUAAUGUAAAGGAGUUGCCAGGGUGAUGAACAUGUCAUCAGCACUAUGAACUAACUCUCCCUACUCAUCUCUCUGCCUGAGGGGGAUAACACACAUAUUCACCCACAGAAAGAGAAAGAAACCUUUUUUAACACCAAACUAUGACCAUUUCAAAGAUUUUAGUUGUUGUGAUGAUCUGAACCACACUUGAGGAAACUUUUCCAGUCACACGAACACUACAUCCCCAGGAGCCAUGCCCAAACGCAUUUUUCACCAUGAAUGUUGUUCUGGAGGCAGCUCUGCAGAGUGGUCACUAGCUGGCUCAGCCAUAAAGUCAUAACAUUAACACUAACCUUAACCACACUACUAACCCUAAUGCCUAAUCCUAUCCUUGAAGUAAGACCAAAAAUCUAAUUUUAGUUUUCAUGGAUUUUUCCAACAUAGCCAACUUUGACUUUCCAGCUGGUCUAAGGGAAAAUCGCUCAGUUCUGCCUCUAGGAUAAGACUCAUGAAAAUAAGCGUCAACCUGCUACCCAAACAGAAGAUUACAACACCCUUCCUCAGAUGUUUCUCAUGUUUCCAUGUUGCUUUUUCAGUCAAUGUGACCGCCUCAUACAGUAGUUCAAAUCUUGUUUCUUUUGUAAACAGUUUGUAAAAAAGACUUAGCGAAUGAGAAAGUAUUGUUUUUUUGCUUUAUGAUUUUGUACACACACAUAU